CCUAGAUCUAGGUCUAUUAGUACCUUGACUUUGUUGACAUUUUAAAAAUAUUUUUUCCCAUAGUAGGGUAACGUUGUGCAAAAAGCCCUUCUCGGGGUAAAAGGCCUUUCUUAAUUUUUGUGCGAAUGGCUUAUUGGAUGAUUUCAAUUAAGACUUCCUGAGAUAGUUUACUUCCGUUCUUUUAAUACACAUUGAGCUUGGUGCUUUUCAAUUUGAAUUUAUCGUCAUAGAAUGAUAGAUCACUUUGAAUUUGUCUACCUAUCUCACUAUAAGAUUCUGUAGACAAAGACAUCUUAAGAACUGAUUCAAAGAAGAACAAAGAUGGAUGACAUAGAACAAGACUUUACCAGCGAUCUAAAAAAUGUCAUUAAAAUUGAGAUGUUAGAUUCAUCUUUCGACCCAGAGACACAGACAUCUGAAGACCAAAUUCUUCCAAAAUCCAUGAUGACAGACACAGAGCAAGACUUCACCAAUGAUCUCAAAAAUGUCAUGAAAAUAGAAAAGUUAGAAUCUUCUCUACAUUCAGAGACACUGGAAGUUACCUCCACUGGUCAUACUUCUGAAGAAUUUGUAGCUGAAAGACAGAAACAAAUGGUAAAUUGGAAUGAAAAAAUUACUUUAAUGCAAGAGAUGCAUGCGAGAAACACUCAUAACAAAGAUGGCUAUGCAGAGAACUCAAGAGGUGAAGCACACAACUGUUCUUACAACAAUAGAAACCAGCUUCUAGCGCAUGCAGAAAAAAAAAUUGACCAAUUUCAAAUAAGUAUAGAAACUUUCUCUACUUCAUCAAAAAUAUGUAAUGAUAAGAUUUAUUCAUGUAAAAAAUUAUUUAAAUGCAAAAUUUGUCAGAAAGAAUUCACUCAUUCAUCUAGUUUAAAAAGCCAUGAAAUUAUACAUACUGGUAAAAAGCCAUAUAAAUGCAAAAUUUGUCAGAAAGAAUACACUUAUCCAUCUAGUUUCAGAAGGCAUGAAGUAAAACAUACUGGUAAAAAGCCUAUUAAAUGUAAAAUUUGUCAGAAAGAAUUAACUCAGACAUCUUAUUUACAAAGCCAUGAAAUUAUACAUACUGGUAUAAAGCCAUUUAAAUGUAAAAUUUGUCAGAAAGAAUACACUUAUCCAUCUAGUUUCAAAAGGCAUGAAGUAAAACAUACUGGUAAAAAACCUUUUAAAUGCAAAAUUUGUCAGAAAGAAUUCACUCAGCCAUCUAAUUUAAAAAGCCAUGAAAUUAAACAUUCUAGUAAAGUACUAUUAAAAUGCAAAAUUUGUCAGAAAGAAUUCAGUCAUUCAUCUAAUUUAAAAAGGCAUGAAAUUAUACAUACUGGUAUAAAGCAAUUUAAAUGCGAAAUUUGUCAGAAAGAAUUCAAUCGGUCAUGUAGUUUAAAAACCCAUGAAAUUAUUCAUACUGGUAUAAAGCCAUUUAAAUGCAAAAUUUGUCAGAAAGAAUUCUAUCAGUCAUCUAAAUUAAAAAGCCAUGAAGUAAAACAUACUGGUAAAAAGCCAUUUAAAUGCAAAAUUUGUCAGAAAGAAUUCUAUCUGUCAUCUGUAUUAAAAUCCCAUGAAGCUGUACAUACUGGUAUAAAGCCAUUUAAAUGCAAAAUUUGUCAGAAAGAAUUCACUCGGCGAUAUACUUUAAAAUCCCAUGAAAUUAUACAUGCUGGUAUAAAGCCAUUUAAAUGCAAAAUUUGUCACAAAGAAUUCUAUCUGUCAUCUGAAUUAAAAUCCCAUGAAGCUGUACAUACUGGUAUAAAGCCAUUUAAAUGCAAAAUUUGUCAGAAAGAAUUCACUCGGCUAUAUACUUUAAAAUCCCAUGAAAUUAUACAUGCUGGUAUAAAGCCAUUUAAAUGCAAAAUUUGUCAGAAAGAAUUCACUCGGCUAUAUACUUUAAAAUCCCAUGAAAUUAUACAUACUGGUAUAAAGCCAUUUAAAUGCAAAAUUUGUCAGAAAGAAUUCUAUCAGUCAUUUAAUUUAAAAUAUCAUGAAAUUAUACAUGCUGGUAUAAAGCCAUUUAAAUGCAAAAUUUGUCAGAAAGAAUUCUAUCUGUCAUCUGAAUUAAAAUCCCAUGAAGCUGUACAUACUGGUAUAAAGCCAUUUAAAUGCAAAAUUUGUCAGAAAGAAUUCACUCGGCGAUAUACUUUAAAAUCCCAUGAAAUUAUACAUGCUGGUAUAAAGCCAUUUAAAUGCAAAAUUUGUCAGAAAGAAUUCUAUCUGUCAUCUGAAUUAAAAUCCCAUGAAGCUGUACAUACUGGUAUAAAGCCAUUUAAAUGCAAAAUUUGUCAGAAAGAAUUCACUCGGCUAUGUACUUUAAAAUCCCAUGAAAUUAUACAUGCUGGUAUAAAGCCAUUUAAAUGCAAAAUUUGUCAGAAAGAAUUCACUCGGCUAUAUACUUUAAAAUCCCAUGAAAUUAUACAUACUGGUAUAAAGCCAUUUAAAUGCAAAAUUUGUCAGAAAGAAUUCUAUCAGUCAUUUAAUUUAAAAUAUCAUGAAAUUAUACAUGCUGGUAUAAAGACAUUUAAAUGCAAAAUUUGUCAGAAAGAAUUCUGUCUGUCAUCUCAAUUAAAAUCCCAUGAAGCUGUACAUACUGGUAAAAAGCCAUUUAAAUGCAAAAUUUGUCAGAAAGAAUUCACUCGGCGAUAUACUUUAAAAUCCCAUGAAAUUAUACAUACUGGUAUGAAGCCAUUUAAAUGCAAAAUUUGUCAGAAAGAAUUCUAUCAGUCAUUUAAUUUAAAAUAUCAUGAAAUUAUACAUGCUGGUAUAAAGCCAUUUAAAUGCAAAAUUUGUCAGAAAGAAUUCUAUCUGUCAUCUGAAUUAAAAUACCAUGAAACUGUACAUACUGGUAAAAGCCAUUUAAAUGCAAAAUUUGUCAGAAAGAAUUCUAUCAGUCAUCUAAAUGAAAAUCCCAUUAAAUAAUACAUCCUGGUAAAAAGUCAUUUAAAUGUAAAAUUUGUCAGAAAGAAUUCACUCAGCCAUCUAGUUUAAAAAGCCAUGAAAUUACAUACUGGUAAGAAGCCAUUUAAAUGCAAAAUUUGUCAAAGAAUUCUAUCUGUCAUCUAAAUUGAAAUGGCAUGAAAUUAUAUGUACUGGUAAAAGCCAUUUAAAUGCAAAAUUUGUCAGAAAGAAUUCUAUCAGUCAUCUAAAUGAAAAUUUCAUUAAAUUACAGACCUGCCUACUGUUACGCAAAAUGCGUAUUCGUUACGCAAAAUCUCCCAAAAAUGACCGCCAGUACGCAAAUACGCAUUUAACCUGUCGCGUUACGCAUUUCGUAUGCUUUUUUUUUUCUCCUCUCUAGACUAGCUUACAAGCGGUCACGGAGGUCACGCUAAGCCCACCUGUGGGGAGAGGGGCGAAAUGGAAAAGGUGGGGUGAACACAAUGUGCCCAGAUCUAUACGUUGAUUGGUACUUAAUAGCAAUUAGAUAUCUAGAAAUGAAGAAUGCGUGAGUGAGGGAGUGGCGGGCUGGUACCAGGUUGGUACCGUCAGUUAGCUGAUAGGCCUACACCAACGUGACUUUUUUUUUUUUUUUUUUGUAAGUUCAUGAGUAGAAAUUAAUUAUGUUUGUGCAUUCCUGAUUCUCGUAUUCAUUUGUAUAGAAAAAAAAUCGAAGAGCUAUCGAUUCAAAACACAUUGAGUGACAUUGUAGAUAUCUAGUCUAGAUCUAUAUAGAUCUGGAUUCUAGAUCUACAAAAUCUAGAUAACUUGUUAUAUAGGAAUAGAUCUAGCUCGAGUCUAGCUAGUCAUUACGUUAUGAUUCUCUACAUUAGUAGUCAUUACCCUACAAACUAGUUAUAGAUCUAGAUCUAGUAUGAUUUAGAAUUUAGAUUGACUAGAUCUAGAUCGAUAACAUCUACUACCAUCUAGUCUAGAUCUAGACUAGAUUCUUAGUAUAGAAUAGAUCAAGUAUGAAGGUAGGCCUACGAAAGUUUGGAUCUAGCGGAUCCACGGCAUCGGUAACACUUUUGAGCCCAGAUCUAGAGUAGAUUAUAUUCAUUAUAUAGACAUAGAUCCAGAUCUAGUCUAGAUAUCAUCUGAUUCAUCUGUAUUGAUCUAGAUUUAUAUUGUAGAUCUAAUCAUGACAUAUAAUAUAUAUAUAUAUAUGACAAAAUAGAGGAUCACGUAAGUGUUACGCAUUCUGGUGCCAAAAUACGCAUUUUGACCGUAAGUGUUACGCAUUUGGACUUUUUUUGGUAGGCAGGUCUGAAAUUAUACAUCCUGGUAAAAAGCCAUUUAAAUGUAAAAUUUGUCAGAAAGAAUUCACUCAGCCAUCUAGUUUAAAAAGCCAUGAAAUUACAUACUGGUAAGAAGCCAUUUAAAUGCAAAAUUUGUCAAAGAAUUCUAUCUGUCAUCUAAAUUGAAAUGGCAUGAAAUUAUAUGUACUGGUAAAAAGCCAUUUAAAUGCAAAAUUUGUCAGAAAGAAUUUACUCAGCCAUCUAGUUUAAAAAGCCAUGAAAUUAUACAUACUGGUAAAAUGCCAUUGAAAUGCAAAAUUUGUCAGGAAGAAUUCUGUUAUCUAAAUUAAAAUUGCAUGAAAUUAUACAUACUGGUAAAAAACCAUUGAAAUGCAAAAUUUGUCAGAAAGAAUUUUACUCACUCAUGUAGUUUUAAAAAACAGGAAAUAAAACAUACUGAUAAAAAUGCAUUGAAAUGCAAAAUUUUUGAAGUUCUCUUACUUAAAAAGCCAUGAAAUAAUACAUUCUGGUAAAAACAUGUAAAAUUUGUAAAAUAAUAAAAAAAAGAAUUCACUCAUCCCUUUAGCGUAAAAUGCCUUGAAACCAUGUAUUGUAACAUAAAACAAUUUGAAUGUAAAAUUUGUCUUAAAGAGUUUAUUCAGUCAUCUAACUUAAAAUGCCAUGAGUUAUUGCAUUUUGAUAUAAAGCCAUUAAAACAUAUAAUUUGUCGGAUUUUACUGUCUUCUAACUUUAAUGACUUAAGUUCCUUAAUGUGGGGGAGAAAAUUAAAUUUUGAAUCUAGAGUAAGGCCAUAAAAAUUUUGUAGUUUUUAUAACAGGGAUCUUCUUUUUGUCUAAAAAUAAUUCAGGGUUAGGGUGGAUUUCCCUUAAAUUACAAAAAUGCAUUCCAAUAGUUUUGGAGUCUGAAAACUUAAAACCAUUAUCGUUUGCCCAAUUUUGAAUUUUAUUUAAACAUAAUUGUCAUUCUCUUUCUAAAGUAUCAAUAUGCAAAGAUGACAAAAUCAUCAACAUACAGAGAGCAUUCUAUGCUAUAGAAUCAGCAAUAGUCUUUAAAAAAUAAUAGAAUAUAUAAAAAUAAUACUAGCCUAUAAUAUUUAAAGGUACUAAUAAAAAUAUCUCUGGAAGCGCAAGCUCACAUAUAGAAUUGUUAGUUGUAAUUUCUUUAAUCAUACUUUUUGAGAAACUACCUUGUGCUCAAACAUGUAUGAAUUUUUGUAAUGAAGCUCAUAUAAUGAGUCAAGUUCUAACAUCUGAAAGCUUUCUUCAUUGUAAGAAUGUUACUCUUUAUCAAGAGACCAUAAAUCAAUGGUUGGUCAUCAGCUUACUUUAAAUGAUGGUACAAUAUUGUGUUAAGGAUUCAACCCAGUAUCUUCUGAAGAUUCCAUGUACACUUCUUGAUCUGACUAUUGCUCUUUUCACAUCACUAGCAUCUCUUUAUUCAAAAUUUGCUUAAAUAUCUUGUAAUAAUAUUCUCAAACAAGCGUUUACAAAAAUAAACAGCACAAUGAGUAACAAGGCUACUUCAAUGAAACUUUUCCAGCAUAUAUUACAAAAUUAUAUUUCCUAAGAACUUGUUGAAGAUAUACAGUUUCAUUUCUUACACUGUAGUGCUCACUUUAUUUUAGGCUUUCAGCACUGCAUGAAAAAGCACUGAGGAAGGCUGAACUUGAUGUAAACAAACACAAUAUAAGAUAGGUAAUUCUUUUGCCAGAGACAAUCUAUUUUUAAACAUUUCUCAACAAAUAAGGAAAGUUCAGUUUCUCGCUUAAUUACGACAACAUGUGAUGUUUUAGGACCCAGGGGGGGAUUAAAAAAAAUAGUUAUGGAACUGAAUGGCUAGCUUUCUGCUUUGAUUCUACUAAUCCCUUCAUUAUAACCUAAUAGUUUCAAUGCCUUCUUUGCUGCUUCAGCAUCCCUGACACAAUCUGGCACUAUUUUAUGAAGACAUUAAUAAAAAAAAUGAAGAGUGUAUUUUUUUUUUUAUAAAUGAUCAAUUAAUCAUGAUUCACGUGUGUGCUGUAGCUCUAUUUUAUCUCAAACUAAAUAGAACUUUCUGGAAGUUGAUAAAAAAAAUAAUAAGUACACUGAAUUUCAUGUUUUUGUAAAGCAAAUGUUACUUUGUUUUGAAAAUGUAUCAAAGAGAGGACAUUGGUCAGUUGUUGACAUUGUGCGUCCAAUCAAACUUUGUUCUUUUUUUUUAGUGAAAUAGCAUGUCAUGAUGUGUUUCAAUAUCUAUGCAAUGAUAAAAUUAAAAAAAAAUUUUUUUUUAUAGUUGUAUAUUUAUGAAGUAAUAAAGAUGCCCUACAUUUUGACAUGAAAUACUUGA